AUGUAUAACUUGAAAGGAAGCAAUGAUUUUGGAGAGCUGACUCAUAACUGUCAUAACUUAGAUAUGAGCUUGAAACCAAAGACAAGUUUGGAAAGAGCUACAGAAGGAAAUUAUUUUUCAGUAAGGCCUUCGGUACUACAUUCAAUAAGCUCUGCAUUUCCUGCAAAUAAAAGGGGUUUAAUAGAAUUAGUAGUAACUGAAUUGUUUAAUGAGUUUUCAGUAAAGCCUGACAACAUGAUAGAGGAUGCAAAAUAUGGCCUAUGCAUUCCAACACUUUACUCUGUUCUACUGCUUACAAUUUGCCACGUACAUAAAUUAAAAGAUUUUGAGGAGUGGUUUGAGGGGUUCCUAAAAAGCAAGAAAUUCCCUUUGCUAACACCAUCUGGAUGCAAGAAUGAAGCUCUAUUUAACCUUUUAAAUGCAUUGGCAUGUUUUGGUUCAUCCUUAAAAAAGAGGCCAGCAGCAAUGCAAGGAGUUGAGCUAGUAUUAUUAAGACUUGGAAUAUCAUUUUACUUUUCUUUAUGUCAAAUAAUGGACCAUCCAUUUUCAACAAACAGGUUUAUUAGAGCUCUGAUAACGGGAGCUCAUGAGUGGAUCCAUGGAUCUCAAGGACAAUAUGUCCCAAAUAAGUUAGAUGGGUCUUUUCAUUUAAGAAGAAAGAGUUCUUUUACAAGAAAAAGAAGUAAAGAGCUGAUUCAAGAACAUACAGUAAAAAGUUUGAUAGAUAUUUUUGAUGAUUUUUCCAUUAAAUUAAUCUGCAACUUUGGAUAUAAGCCAAAUUGUAUUACUUGGAACGAGGUAAACAAAUAUGUUCAGAGUCUGAACGACUCUUUAUUGUCAAGUUUAUUUAAAAACUCAAACAUAAAUGGAGGUUUUUUUCAGGAAACAAUGGUAAAUGAAUUUGUUAGAUCCUUUUAUUCCUUGUAUCGAUAUAAAGAACCUUCAAAAGAAAGUGUAACUUCAAUUAAGGCAGAUCCAAAUCAUUACUAUGGAAGUUCGCAUGAUCUAAUGCAAAAAGCCUUGAUCUGUCCAGAAAAUAAAGUUCCUGACAAGGAUUUGCCGAUUGAGGAAUAUUCCUUAGGUUUUACAGAUAUCUCAAAUAAUAUGAAUAACUAUCAAAAAGAAGAUACAUUUUCAUUAUCAGAAUUCCAGGAAUCAGAUGAUUAUGAUGAUGAAGAAAUAGAUAAUGAGUUUGAUCAAGAGUUUAGCGAAAAAUUGUAUAACUCAGAUGUAAAUACUAAUAAAGCUCUGGAUGCAAUUUCUUCAAAGCUUAAAGGGAUGUCAGUUUCUACUUCUGGGCGUAUUUUUAACCUAAAUUUACUAACAAAAAAAUAUCUCAAUAAGGCACAAAACUCUUUAAAUAAAGGAAGCUCAAAAGGAACAGGGAUAACUGACCCCAAGAAAAGCAAACAACCAAUGUCAAAAGAACCUUUAAAUGAGAAAAUUGAAUCUCUGAAAAAUAUUCAAUUUGAAUCUAGUUCAGUUUCAAAAAGACCCUCCUGGUCUCAAUUUGCUCAAAUUUUUAGUAGUCAUGGGGUAAACCUUAAUCAGAACUCCAAGCCUAAUUCAAUAGACUCAAAAUCUAUUAAAUCUACAGCAACCAUGAAUACUCCAAAUUAUAUGACAUAUAAACAACAAAUAUAUGAAAGUGAAGAUGACGAAGACCCCCUUAAUGUAUUAUAA